CUUGUCCCAAGGUUAAUCGAGCCUGAAACACCAAGCUCGAGAGGGGCCUGGCACCUCGUCGCAUUCCUCGAUCUUAAGAACGGCUUCAACCCUGUCGCCUCAAAAGACAAUUUCCCGGCCGAUUAAGAGGCUGUCCCAACCAUGUCGCUAUCUCUCGAGUGUUUACCUCCAGAAGUCCUCCUCCGCAUCCUCUUCUUCCUGGAAAUCCCCGACCUGCUCCAAGUGAGUCGCACAUGCCACACUUUGCGGGAAAUCGCAUGCGAUCCCCUGCUUCACCUCGAGCGACUGCACCAUGUCUCCCACACUCUCUCCACCCUGUUAGCCCGACGGCCGUCCAAGUCUUCCAUUAGUCCUCCCAACUCAUGGAUAUGGCUGAGCAAGACCAAUGUUCUCUCGCGGCAAAUCAGCAAGAGCUUGAUACGCAUACGACUAAGUCAUAACCUCGAACACAGACCAAGUCCGUAUGACUUGGUACAGAGGUCGAUCCUCCCAUCUACAUGCACCAGCUAUUCCUCGCCGGUUUCGCCAGUCCUGAUACAGUCACAACAGGCGGUGCAGCGGAGCAAAUUGAAGGAUGGACUAUGUCGCAAGCUAGAGCGCCGGCCGAGCGUGAACAGUCUGGUGUCUCUCAACAUCAUGCCUGAAGAGUGCGCCCGGCGCAGUGUUUCCCCUGCCAUCGUGGCUACGAGGCGCAAAGUGAUUAGAGAGAGCUUGAAGGACGGGCUUCGCGCGUGGGUCGAAGGGCGCGCUAUCCAAGCACAGAAGAGGAAAGCAGAUGAGAUGGAUGCUACGGAAAAGACUACGGUAAAGAGCUUGGUAAGGAGGUUUGCCGCAAGGAAGGUCGCUGUGGACUUGGAGUGCAAGGGAGUCCGUCGUCUUGAUCCAGUCAGGGCAGAGAAGAGGAGAGCACAGGCGAAAUGGGGCAGGGAGGUCGAGCUUGCCAAGAGGGACGAAGAACGAAGAGCUGCCACCAACGGUGCUUGUUCCCAACCGACGCGGGCGCAUGUCCUGGGACUCAAAAAAUUCUGGGAGGGGGUCAUUAGAGCGGCUGCUGGAUGACUGGUCCGUUCUUUUUGCUGUUUAAUGGUUGUCUUUAGGUUCUUUUAUGAUGAAGGUCUAUACCCAGGGCGAGUUCCAGGCUUCUUUGCAUUGAUAUUGGGACUUUGGACUUGCAUGAAGCAGGCUUGGUAAACACAGAAAAUCAAUGCUAUGCACUCGGGCCAGUCGGGACAGAAUGAUGAUAUCUGAAAGCGUGAGUGGUCAACGACAACGUACGAUCAAUUCACCCACUUAAUCGACCUCUAGAGAUUUAUGCCCUUUAUGACAGUCUUAACGAUUCUACUGCCGCUUGAGACCUCGGGGGUUGUGUAUA